AAAAGGUAAACCCUUGACUCUAUAUCUCUCUCUCUCUUCAUCAUCUUCAUUUAGGUUUAGGGAUUGAAUCGAAAGGGGGAAAUUUCUUGCCCUUUUGUACUUGUUGAUUUCCUGAAUUUUUUCAAGACUAGAAUUUUAUUGGGGAAUUGGGGGACCCUUUUUGAUGUGCUGGUUUUCUGAUUGAGGGAUUAUUAAUUACUUUGGGAUGUGCCCAGUUGUUUAUGGGGACAUCUUCAGGUUCUCACUUUAAUCACCAAUCCUCGCCAAGAAUGCUACCUCCUCGUCAACAGCCGCGAUCUGGUGGUCUACAUACUAACUUAUCUCUUGUAUCUCCCGAUGCUUGUGGAUCUCCUAACUUUCAAGAGAGAGGCUCUAAUUCCGAUCAAAUCCGUGAGUCCCCAUCAGAAAGUGCCAGUUCUCGGGAAACCUGGCCAACUCCGGAUGCUUUUGCUGGGAAAAAAAUGGAAAAGGAGAAGGAAAGGGAGAAUGGGUUCGCUGAGCAUUCUGUUGUUCGUCAUUUAUCAAGUUCUGAUAAGAUAUCCCUGCGUGAUUUAGCCCGCGAAAGAGUGGAUAUAAUAGCAGAAAGAAUGCAACAUUUACCCGAUGAGUACCUAGAGAAGUUCAAGAACGAGCUUCGUGUAUUGCUUGAAGGUCUUGGUGGUUCACAACAUAGAGAGGAAUUUUUAUUUCUUCAGAAGCUGGUUCAGGGUAGGGGUGAUUUGACGGACAAGUCCCUUAUCAUGGCACAUAGGAUCCAGCUAGAAAUCUUAGUUGCUAUUAAGACCGGAAUACAGGCAUUUCUUCAUCCGAGUGUCAGUUUGUCUCAAGCUUCUCUUAUCGACAUUUUCUUGUACAAGAAGUGCCGGAACAUAGCAUGUGGGAGUGCACUUCCUGCGGAGGACUGCAGUUGUGAAAUCUGCUCAAAACGAAACGGAUUCUGCAACCUUUGCAUGUGUGUGAUUUGCACUAAGUUCGAUUUUGAAGUCAACACUUGUCGAUGGAUUGGUUGUGACUUAUGCUCUCAUUGGACUCAUACUGAUUGUGCCAUUCGCAAUGGGCAGAUUGGCAUGGGCCCCAGUGUGAAAAAUGGAGCUACCAGCGCAUCAGCAGAGAUGCUUUUCCGUUGUCGGGCUUGCAGCCGGACAUCUGAAUUGUUAGGGUGGGUGAAAGAUGUGUUCCUACAUUGUGCACCGAGCUGGGAAAGGGAUGCUCUUUUAAGGGAACUUGAUUUUGUACGAAGAAUUUUCAGUGGUAGCGAGGAUAAUAAAGGCAGAAAAUUGUUAUGGAAAUGUGAAGAACUCAUUGGAAAACUGAAUGCAGGGAUGGCCGAGUCUAUGGCCUGUAAAGUUAUCUUGAUGUUCUUCCAAGGUAAAAUUUUUUGUGUGUGAUAUUUACCUUUGAAUGGCUGAUGUACCUGUCAUAUUUAGCCGCAUUAUAUGUAUAUUUGUUUAUAUAAAGUGCUUCUGCUUUAGUCCUUGAUUCGUGUUCAUUAUUUGUGCAAAUAUGCUGUGUACGAGUGGUUCUACUUUGCAUUACCAUGGCUGUCCAUUGCAUCUUUAUAGAUGCCAUUACAGUUUUCAAUAAGGGUAUGGUCUGUAAGGUUCUGUUGAAAACUGCAUGCAGGGUUGGCCGAGUCUGUGGUCUGUAAAGUUAUCUUGAUGUUCUUCCUAGCUAAAAGUUUUUUGUGUGAUAUUUACCUUUGAAUGACUGAUGUACCUGUCAUAUUUAGCUGCAUUAAUGACUGAUGUACCUGUCAUAUUUAGCUGCAUUAUAUGGAUAUGUAUUUAUAUAAAGUGCUUCUCCUUUAGUCCUUGAUUUGUUGUGUACUAGUGGUUCUACUUUGCAUUACCAUGGCUAGUCCAGUGCAUCUUUUAUAGAUGUAGUCAUUAGAGGUUUCAAUAAGGGUAUGGUCUGUAAGGUUCUAUUAAUGUUCUUCCAAGGCAAAGGUUUUGUGUGAGAUUGCCUUUGAAUGACGUAGACUGAUGUGUUAUUGAACAUCAAAGUAUUUGUCAAACUUUUAUACAUGUAUCUAUAUUUAUAGCUUUUGGAAAGAUCAAAGGUUUUUUGCUUUAGUCCUUGUUUUAUGUUCAAUAUAUGUGCAAACAUGCUAGUCCAUGGCUAGUCCAUUGCAUGUUUUCUAGAUUUGGUCAUUGGAGUUGUCCAAUGAGAAUGGGACCUUUGUUUUCUUAUUAGUGGUAUACCAGUUUCAGGCGUUGAGGUUUCUGACAUUAUGGUCACUAACAAAUGAUUUUAGCAGUUGAUAGAAUGUUAGAAGUCAUAGGUAGGAACAUGUGGGUAAGAGAUGCAAAAUUGAAAAGAUCUGAGAUUCUAAAAUGAACUUUGUGGGUGUGUUUGAAGAAAGAGUUGAUUUCAUUGCUUUAUUUUGUGUAUGUCAUUAUGCCUGUGUGUCAUCCUCCUGGAUCUGAAUUGUAAAUUUUUCUUUUGCCUUAUUUAGUUCAAUUAUUUCAAGUAUUUUAAUGUUUUUGUUACCUCGGCAGAGCUUGAGGGCGACCCUAAUUCAAAGAGCCAGGAAAGUGAGGAGGGUAGCCGUCUUAUAGCCCCACAGGAAGCAUUCAACAAGAUUGCAGAUGUGGUGCAGGAAGCUAUCAGGAAAAUGGAAAUGGUAGCUGAAGAGAAGAUGAGGAUGGUAAAGAAGGCCCGCCUUGCUGUUGAGGCUUGCGAUCAAGAACUCAAGGACAAGACAAGAGAAAUAGCUACACUGCAAUUGGAGAGGCAGAGAAAGAAGCAACAAAUUGAUGAGCUUGAAAGCAUCGUGAGGCUUAAGCAGGCUGAGGCUGAUAUGUUUGAGUUAAAGGCGAACGAGGCUAGAAGGGAAGCUGAGAGGCUGCAGAGGAUCGCUCUCGCCAAGACUGAGAAAUCAUCCGAAGAGGAUUACGCGAGCAGGUAUCUUAAACAACGGUUAAAUGAAGCGGAAGCAGAAAAGCAGUUUCUAUUCGAGAAAAUCAAGCUUCAGGAGAGUUCGCGAGGAUCACAGAGCAGUUCUGCAGGUGCUGGGAUGUAUUCCAAGAUAAAAGACCUGCUUAACAACAUGUAACAUGUUCCAUUCACUUGGUAGUAUUUUAUUUUGUCCUGUAGACCUGUAGUAUUAGAUUACAAGUAUAUUUAACUUUGUCCUUGCUAGUUUUAUUGUUAGUUUUUCGCACAUUACAAUUGUGUUUCUGGAAGACUUUUCACUUGGUAGUUGCCGGGUGAAACAGUUGCACCUGCACCUGGGUGUUUCUUGUUGUAAAUGUAUAUUUAAUGUCUUCGGUACCAUGCUCAGCAUUUUUUGCCUCUUGUGUUUUUGUAUCAACUGGAGUGCUUGCUUUGGGAUCUUCAAAGUAUAUGAAAUGAC